ACCGAAGAGGCUGACGGUGGUGAUGAUUUUCACUCAGCAAAUGGCUCGCACGGAGACCAUGGGUAUGGCACUAUCGGUCAGCUUAUUUACACACUCCGCAAACGGGCGAACGGCGAUUGCGAUAAGUGACGAAAGCUUUGGGGGAACGUCAACUUCAGCGCAUACUUGUGUUGUUGUCAAAGCAGCGCGCACAGGGUGACUCUGUGCAGCCGGCACAGCAGAUCGAACGGCGCAAAAUGGAUGUUUGAUGAUUUUGGAUGCAAAACGAAACCGGCCAGCCAAUUACCCGUGUUGACGGAACUAUUUCAAACGGAAGAAAACGGACCCAGGAAGGAGCGCCACACGUUGUGCGAGAUUCGUGCAAAUGCAUCGUGAAAGUAACAGCACGGGGACGAUUAAGACCGGAUUUGGUUUCCUGUUCCGAUAGAGCGUCAUCAUGCGUCCGGUUUGGUGUGAUUCUAUCUGCAAUAGGCUGAGGAGGAAGGGUUUGCUGCCAGGGUGGAGGGGGUACUUUAUACGAGCUUGUUUUGUACGUGCAAUGAAUUUUUAUAUUUUUAUUACUAAAAUGAUCUAUUGUUUGAAACACACACACAGCUCAGUUUUAAUCUCGAAACAGGAACAUGCUUGAAGUAAUCCGCUUCUGCUUAAGAUAUACCAAUACAGAUCAAUGUAGCUUUUUAUCUAAGUUAUGCCAAUCUGGUUAAUAAUGUAUCGCAAUUCUACACGCAAAUAUUACCAAAAAUCAAUUAAAUUCCAGUAAACCGGUUACUGAUAAAAAAAAAAACUGCGUAGAAAAUACGUAAUAAAUGCUUAGAAAAUAGUCCGCACUUGGUGUGAAUAACCCACUGUGCGCACUGUUGACAGUUCCAACUCAACCCCGCAGGAGUGUAAACCUGAGCAGCGAAAUGCAAAACGUAAACAAUAAACAUAGGCCAGCAGUACUGCAUAUACGUUAUAUUUCAUUUAAUAAAUUUACACUAAAAAUUACCGCAAAACACUAAUGUAAGGUAGUUUUCAAACAACUCAAACCUUGUGAAGCGCCAUCAAAAUGAAGUGUAUUGUGCCGGGUUGCGAUACAGACGAUAACGUCGUGAGCUAUACAUCUGUGUUUUACGUAAACCUACCCGACGAUCCGGUCGUGCAGCAGCAAUGGUUUUCGCUGCUGGAAGUAUCGAAUGACGAUCUUAUGCAAGCACUAUCGGAUGAGGAGGUAAAAGUAUGCAGCUGCCACUUUGCUGAAGACAGUUUUGGGCGCCACCCGAUACACGGGUAUCGAUAUUUACCACCCACGGCGAUGCCUACCGUACUGCCAUCGCGAAGCGAUUGCGAAGAGCUUACUCCCACAAAAGAACCCAACGCAGAUAAAGACAGUGCGCUAGAUUAUUUUCUAGUUUAUCUCAAGGAAUCACCCAGCAUCGAUCAGGUAGCACUAGAUCAAACGCCGGAUACAGUUGGGCUAAGUUUAAUAGACGAUCUAAAUGAUGUGAAACCACCGGAGCUUACUUCUAUUGCAAAGGAGCUAAAAGCAGUAGAAAGUCCUGAAGAAGCAUUAGAAGAAAAUUAUGACAUUGGACCGGUGGAGGAAAUUGGCAUAGAGUACGCGAAUGGCAAAUAUUAUUUUCUUAAGCUUGACGAAGAUCCGGCUACAUCCGACAACGAAGCACGUACAUCAGAAGGCGAUACGAAUGAACAUGACUAUCAUGGUCCAGCGAUGAUUUGGGAUAAGGAGGAUGUGGACGAUGAAGAUCUACCAACCAAAAUUGGACUAAUAGAAGAAGAAAACCCAUCCAGCGAAAUAAGCAUCGAAUCGGAUGAUGCUGAUGAAGUUUUCAAGGAUAAUAGAACAAGCAGUAGCUACAGUGAAAGCAUUAACGCUGACAAAACCCAAGUACGGUUGAGAAAAUCUAACAGAAAAGUCAAGGUCAGCCGUCCUGAUAGUACUGACGUGUUAGAAAUAGUACCAAUCGAUUUGGAUAAACGUGAUGCAUACGAUGAGUCGGACACUGAUCAGGCUGAUGCAGAUGCAGAGGAGAAGAAAUACGAUACAUUCAGUGAGGUCGAAUAUGGUUCCAUAGAGGCACUGGACGAAGAGUCAGUGUGUAGCGAUAACAACUGGAAACAGAAUCAGGAUAACCAGACACAUCGGUUUUUCUGUGACGUUUGUGGCAGAGGAUUUCGGUUUAAAAGUACGAAGGAUCGGCAUAUACUAUCCCACACAAAGGAGAAAAAAUUCAGUUGCGAAGUUUGUGGAAAAGGAUUUACGCAGAAAGUAAACCUUACCAUUCACAUGCGCAUUCAUACCGGUGAAAAUCCUGUGAAGAGAUUUACCUGCCAGAUUUGUCAUAAAAAGUGUGCCCGAAUGAGUGAACUGGAAGUGCACCGAGCGUCACACUUUAGGCGAUUUCCACACGUUUGCCCCAUCUGCACGGUACGCUACUCGGAUGCGACAGGGUUUUACGAUCACUUCCUAAUGGACCAUCGCGGUGAAAUGACAUUAAAUGAGCUGUUUGAAUUGCUAUCGCAGAACGAGAACAGUUUAGUCAUUUCGGGUCAGGAACCGGCUAACAUCAAGUCCGUGGAUGGAACGUUUGGGUGUGCGGUGUGUGGCAAAUCCUACCGGGUGGAAGCUAAUCUGGAACGGCACAAACGGAAAAGUCAUAUGAAAAUAUACUCCUGUCCCCACUGUGCACGCAAGUUCCCGUACAAGAGUUUGCUGGAAAAGCAUCUGCCGACACACACGCUCGAGAAACCGUUCAAGUGUCCGCAUUGUACCCUUUCCUACACACAGCGUGUCAAUCUAAGGAUACACAUAGAGCGAAAACAUACCGAGCUUAGCUGUACUAACGAGAAUUUAGUCGAUGGUGGUGAAAGUGGUGACGAUCAAGCUAAGCGAGACGGAGCAAUCGCGCACCCACAGACGUACGAUUGUGGGGAGUGUGGUAAAAGCUUUCCACGGAAACCGUCACUACAGCUACAUCGUGCAGCACACGCCAACUGUGCGAAUCCGGUGACGUACGAUUGCGACCUGUGUGGCAUUUCGUUGUGCGCGCGCGUAUCACUCUUGCGGCAUCAGAUAAGAGUGCAUGGUGAGCGAAGAAGGAAACCGAACGUGCUCGGCAAUUUGGAGCUCCGGAACGUUACGAUUGUACCGACUGAUGGCAAUCAGUACGUGGAGAUCGAAGACGAAACGGAUACUAUAGUAGAAGAUUACGAAAGUGAAUGCUAGGCGCACAUAAGCGGAAGUGGGAUGAAAUCUCGACUGAACUGAAACCUCCACAGGUAAGAAUUGUCUGGUUCAAUGGAGCAACAAAUGUUUGAAAAAUGAUACAAUAAUUUGUAAGAGGCUAUUUCUAAGCCACUAUUUUAGAAGGGGUAUUACCAGACGGUAUAAAAUAAAUUAUUUUAUAGCAGUUACAUUUAGUUCCAUUUCAUCUUACAAUUUUACUCCAAAGCGGUUUUUUUGCGUUUGAUUUUUACAUCAAUCCGCAAGAUUAAAUACAAGAAACAAGAACUUCCCAAUACUGCUUUGUGCAAUACCC